UCGCAGUUGCUUGCUUCCUCGCCGAGCGCAGAGAUCGUUAGAGGAAGCAGCGGUUGUUCUCGGCGCUGCUGCUCCCGGUUCGACCGCUCCACUCUGCCCUGCUCCGUUUCGUUCAACCUCAAAACUUCUCACGGGGCCGUUGCAGAGAGGAGGGGAGCGAGAAGGAGAGAUGUGGGACCUGGACGCCGGGAUCCCACCCGCUAUCGCUUCUACUGCGCAAAGGAAAACACCUUCAAUUGGUUGCAAAGACUUCUUGGAUGGAUUGGGUUCCAAAACUCCAUUCCAGUGGGACUGGGGAAGCCCAGUAGCAUUCACUGGUAGGGAAAUUGACAUCCCUAAGGAUGCACAAGAAAUAGACUUGAGAAUUGAAGAUUUAUGUUCAUCCGGCUGUGGUGCCUCCUCUGUUCUAGAAUUGAGUAACUGGUCCGACAAAAGCUCUUUGUAUGCAUCCAUAGGUUCUCUGUCUGAUACUGAAAGGAGAAAGCCAGAGUUGAAUAUUCAACCAACAGAAAGGACACUUCAAUUCUCAGACAAGAUUAUUUACCCAUGGGUAGUUGAUUCUCAAACUUCACCGAUUGCAGUGGAGACGGGCCACCCUAAGGAGCCUCUUACUGGUUUGAAGCUUGGAAGGAACUUUGAGGAUGUUGAUGCAGAGAAUAACAUCAAAAACUUUCCCUCUGCAUCUCUGGCGUCAAGCUCAGCAACAAUCAAAAAGUCCAGGUUGUCUCAGCAGAACGUACUGAGCCCUUAUUGCCUUGUUGAUGGUUGUAAUAUUGACCUUACAACAGCUAAGGAGUAUCAUCGCAAACAUAAAAUCUGUGAAAGCCAUUCAAAGUCUCCUAAGGUGAUCAUAGCUGGUCAGGCACGCCGGUUUUGUCAGCAAUGUAGCAGGCUCCAUGAUUUGUCAGAGUUUGAUCAGAAAAAGAGAAGUUGCCGCAGGCGUUUAUAUGAUCAUAAUGCACGUCGUAGGAAGCCACAAACAGCAACAAUCUCAUUUAGUUCGUCAAGCCUAUCUAGAUUAAAUUAUGUCGAGGGAAAAUUGUUUCUUGUGAUCUCAUGCUGGCUGCUGAUAGAUUCCUUAAUUGUUACUUACUAUGAUGAACGUAAGAUGAAUCUUGUUUUUGGUCAGGCGCCUAUGGGUAGUUCCUCAUGGGAUGGUCUGACCAGUUUCCAUUUACGUCAAUCGGAAGAGUCUCGGAUAAAGUCCAAUAAAGCUAGAUGCACUGACAGGCAGCUGCAGUUUUCUGCUACUCAAACACAUAUUGGUUCUACUGGUUGCGAUGAGUUGAACAAGCUCUUACCCUCUAAGGGCACCACCGCUGAGGUCCUCAAUCAAGAUAUGGGAGCAUUUGUUUUUUAUCCCAACUCUGAAAGAGCAUUGGAUCUUCGGCAUGCUCUCUCUCUUCUGUCAAAUGAUUCUUGCGGCCCAGCAGAGCGACUGAAAAUUUCCGGUAUCAAGUUUAUUGAUGCAAACCACACAAGCAUCGCUGAUCCUACAACCGGUAUGGUCAAUUCAACACCAGGAAUGCUACAAGACCAGCAACCCCUUGAGCAAUCGACUCUGCUGUCAUUCAACUCGCAAAAUAGCAAUUACCAAUUCCAUCUGCUGCAAGCACCACAUGGAGGCUCUCUUUCAGAUACCCAAAAACUCCAUAUGCUUGACCAUUGCAUUGAUUUUGAUUCUGAGGUUUCGUUUCAACGUUAGAUCUCUAGUAAUUCCUUUUACUGAUGCUACUUUUGGGCUCAUCGAGUCAUCCUAUUUGCAACUGAUGAAUGGUCCCAAGUGUGGAAAACUCAUUCCUUCGCCUCGCUUUGUUGAAUAAAGCAAGCAUGUUGAACUCAGCAAGUUGUUUGAUCAAACAUGUUUGCACAUUUGCUCUCCAAUCGUGUAUUUUGGUACUUUGCUAACUUGCUACUUCUUGUGAACUUCCGUCCAUUGUGUUCGUGUAGAUCUCCUCAAGUUCAACCUCGUGUACAUUUUUUGCUAAUAAUAAUAUUUAUUCAGAGAAAUAUGUACAAUUAAUUUAAA